AUGUCUACAUUUAAAAUACUAAUCAUAGCAUUAUUGCUUGUUAUUAAUCAUUUUUGUUGCAGUGAUUCUAAACGAUUACAAGACAAUGAUUUUGCACGACAAAUUUUAUUCCGAGGCAAUUUUGAACCAAUGCGAUAUUAUUUGAGUCCAAAUGAUGCAUACCUGGUUAAACGUGUACCAAGUGCAGCAGAUAUGAUGAUACGUUUUGGGAAACGUUUUACAACAUAUGAUGGUUCGAUUGGUGAUAUUAAUGAUGAUUAA